AUGGGCUCAGAAGGGACGGUUGAGUGGGCUUGGGACAACUUGAAAGGGAGCUCGAGAAAAACGGAUACUAAGACUAUCCAACUUGAGGGAACACUCAAAGGCUUUGAUAUGGCUACUGGACUUAUCCUUCCCAAGACUGAUAUUGACUUGGGGUUGUGGCAACAUGAAUGGGAACUCAUCCCUACAACGACGAUCAGAGACGUCUUCGACGAAGUCCAAGCCUCCAAUGUCGACUUCGGCGUGGCCCCCUUCGAGAACUCAACCCAUGGCACCGUCAGCUUCACCCUCGACUGCCUCGCCGACCGCGCCUCUACCUACCCCAACAUCACCAUCUGCGGCGAAGCCUACCUCGACGUCCACCACUUUCUCCUAGGCCGGAGAAAGCCAUCAUCAUCAUCAUCACCCUCACCACCCUAUAAUGUUGACGAAACCGCGAAGGCAACCCCCCUAACCUCCCUCUCCCACGUCAAGCGCGUCUACUCCCACCCCCAAGCCUUCGGCCAAACCGCCAAGUUCUUCGCCACCUACCUCAAGGGCGUCGAGACCAUCGAAGUCUCCUCCACCAGCAAAGCCGCCGAGCUCGCCGCCGCCGACGCCUCCGGCUCGAGCGCCGCGGUAGCGAGCGAAGUAGCCGGCGAGAUGGCCGGCCUGGACGUCUUGGCGCGCUGCAUCGAAGACCGCGAGGACAACACGACCCGCUUCUUUGUCCUGCGGAGACGGCCCUGCAGCAGCCGCAGCGACGACGGCGUCGAGCAGGAGGUUUCGCUGCCCGAGGGAUUGCCGUGGACCACGGACCGGGCCGAGUCUCUGCCUGUGUCUUCGGCCUCGGGUGGAUCGCCCGUGUCGAUGUCGCCUCGUCCUUCGUCGUCGGUUUCCGGAAGCAACGGCGGCAGGGAUGAUGAUACUGAAAAGGGAGGCGCUUACAAGGGCUUGUAUAAGUCUAUGGUCUCGUUCACGGUGCCGCAUCACACGCCCGGAGCGCUGGCGGAUGUACUUGGGUGCUUCAAGCGGAGGGGGUUGAACUUGACGAGCAUCAAUAGCUUGCCGAGCCUGAUUGCGCCGUUUCAGUAUCUCUUCUUUGUCGAGUUUGAGGGGAACCGGUGGGAUGAUCCGGAGGGGAGGGUGAGUGGGUUGGUUGGGGAUGUGGAGUGGGUUGAGGGUGUGGCGGAACGGUGGAGGUGGUUGGGCAGUUGGUUGAAUCAGAGGAGGAGGUAG